AAAUUAUUUAUCGUUUGACCGCCGAACGGAACGGAUCGCGACGUUUGUUGGGAAAUUGUGUCACCAAAUAGUUUGAAACCCAGGAAAACGUAGUGAUAACACGUUGAUUUGCGAAAUAACCAGCAAUGAAAGCAAUGAAUCUUCAUUCCAAGUGGGUUGGUGUAACUUUCCCGCGGUAACGCGAGCACAUGUGCAACAAAACAAUGAAAGUGGAAACCAGUUGGCCCUUCUUUCGAGAGCUUGGCUGAUAACGAUUCGUGUUUUUAUUUCUGAGGAAAGAGAAAGAAGUGUUCAACAAGAAAAUUGAUAGAUUUCCAUUUAGUGUGUAAUUUUUGGUGAUUGAUUUGGGAGCGAGUGUGUGUAAAAAGCAGAGCAAAUCAAAAAGCAAUCGUUGAAAAUAUGGUUAAGCCAGCGUCUAGAAUAGUGAUCAAGUUUCUCGAAUUACUAGGAUGUGUUGCGUGCAUUAUCACUAAAAUCAUCACCGAUCACGAGUCGCGGCGAGUGUUCGUGAGGAAUCAAAAAUUAUCUAGAGAAUGGAGUCUGAUUCACAAUGUCACCUGGAGCAGCGGUGGCAACGCAUUUACCAAUAUCGUCUACGGCGGUUACACGAUAGUCAUCGCACUAAUGCUAAUCACAAGAUGUGUGGACGCCAAAUCCCGACCGACGCUGUUCGAGAAGAUUAUUCUAUCGCUGGGCACGCUAUUGUUCUUCGCCGCCGGUGGUCUCGUUUUCGCCUCCAUCGACCAGGUUCACCCGGACCUCCAUGACAACGCCAUCAUCCUGGGCUGCCUUUCGUUCCUGGUCGCCAUACUGUUCAUCAUCGACCUGGCCGACCCCCUUGCCCGCAUGACCUCACACAUGUCCCAGACGGAGAGCGCUGGUAUUUCACCUCAACACGAACUGCCUCCGGAGAAGCGCACCCUCAAGAAGGACGUCUCCACGGACACGGUUGAACCUGCAACGGUGACAGCUCAACCGGUGUAUCUGAUCGAACAGGACCAUGACCGGUAUAGGGACGCCGUUGGACCGGAUCGGCACGGUCACCACCAGGACUAUCCCGACGGGGCGGCUGGGAUGUUGAUCGGGAACCAGGGCUAUCGAGAGCACCGGGAUGAACCGGAACGGAGGAGUUACCGGCGGGAACCCCAGCGCCGUUACUUCGACCGGGACGAACCGGAACGUCGCAGCACGGAGUCCAUCGUGGAGCGCAAGAUUCUCCCCUCGGUGCAGGUUCCCGUGUUCGCCCACGUGCGAGCCGCCGAAGAGAGCCGUCGAAUCGCCGGGAAGGAGAUUCAGUAUCUACCGAUUCGGUACGAACGGCGGGAGUACCGUGACGCCGGUCAACCGCGUCCCCAGCACCAGCACCAAUCGAAGGCACCUCCACCGUCCUACCACGACAACGAUUCCUUCGUGGAGGACAUAACCCCGUCGCGACGAAGCACGUACGUUCCCGGCGACAAGUACGACAACGAUGUGGUGAUGCCGGUGCACAACCCACGGCCAAGGCCGCCACCUCCAGCAAAACCAUCCACGGCCUCACCGUCAAACUCCGCCAACUCCAGCUGUGACGGUUGUCGGUGUUCCCAGCGGAGUUCCCCACCCAAAAAGACCGGAGGUUUUCAGAGGCAAGUUCAACAGAAGCCUCAAAAGCAUCAGCAGCAUCAACAUCACCAGCAAGAUCAGCAGCAGCAGCAGCCGCCGAUGCGGGACGAGCCGGACCAGGUGCCGAUUAAACCUGGGUACGUGGCGAACGUGGCCCGGAAGUGGGACGAUCGGGUGCGCAGCAAAAGUCAGCCCAUCAUCGGGUUGAACACGAUGGUUUAGAAGCUGACGAUUGGGAAGGAGUGUUUUUUGAAUUUAUUUUAUUUACUAAUUUAAUUUUGUUUCGUUGCAGCAGAGUAGAUUGUAGAGUGAGAGUUUAAUAAAAAACGAUUUUCGA